UUGGGCUGUGCUGGCUCAGUCCCACAUCCAUGGCUGAAGCCUGUUCUGUGGCGGGACAAAAAACCCCAACAUUUCCUUUGAUGAAGCAGCCAGGACUUUUCAUCUCGCCCGCACGACAGGAAAGUUGGCAACUUAAAUGUUAAACUUGCCUGUGAGUGUUGGGUGUUGACAUCAUCGUGAUCUCAGCGCUGUAACCGGAGCCCUCCGGCUUUUCCUCCAGCCUGCCUUUAAAUACCAGCCCUGGAGCCGGCACAGCACGCGUUCCUCCUGGAGAGCCCACGUCGAUGAAAGCAAAGACCAGCUCCAGCCCUGCAGCCAUGUCCUCAUCCCUGCGAGUGAGCCCCUCGCUCCACGGCUACCGCUUCGACACGGCGCUGCGCAAGAAAGCCGCGGCCAACAUCUUCGAGAGCAUCAACGAGGCCGCCCUGCAGAAACUCUUCAAAAACUCCGGCGACAAGAAGGCGGAGGAGAGAGCCAAGAUAAUCCUCGCCACCGACCAGGACAUGGAGGAAAAGACGAGAGCGCUAAUGGCACUAAAGCAGAGGAGGAAAGACAAACUGCUGCAGUUCCUGACGUUUCGGAAAUACUCCCUUAAAGUUCACUGAGCUGGCGGGGGCAGCAGAAAGAGGGAGAACGUUUUGUGACCGGACUGGUUGAGACCUCCAAGAAUGCUCAGCGUGCUCUGCUGCCCCGUGGGCCUGGGGACCUGAGAGUCCAAGCAAGGGGCUCCGGCCUCACUGC